AUGGCUGGGGAGAGCCUACCCCCUUUCUGGACAACCGCUCCACUCCAGAUACUGUGCUUUUCUCGUCCUGCCCUCUUCAACGCCGGCUCUGACAGGACAUGGGACUGUGCCAAGCUUGGAACGACGGUGCCCGUGGCACUCUUGUCGGCAGACCCUGGCUACCAAGCCAAACACCGAUUCACAGCCACACUGUGUCACCAGCUGGCGCGCUCUCUCCAGGCUAAUAAUUCCUCUAUAGAACUUAACUUUCCCACCAAGCCUGCGUCUCUGUUCUACUGGACAAAGGGAGCUAUUUGGAAUCUCUCUGACACCGGAGAGCAGCAGAGAAACAGCAAACUGGAGUUGGCCCUCCUGGAAGUGAGGGAAGGUUAUGCUGCCAGCCAGAAGCAAGACCAGCAUGGGAGAGUUCGGUCUAGACAGCCAGUGGGUGUGGCCAGGGCAGUGGAGCAGAUGGAGGACUCCCAGCUGGGAGAGGGCGCAGCCCAGGGGAAGCAGCGGGCAUCUCCAGCUGCUGCCCUCUCCUUGGGAGAUGGCCAGGCCCCUGUCCAGACUAAAGCGGGCCUCUGGCAUGCAGCCGGUCAGCUGGCAGGACAGAGCUGGGAGGGGUACACGGAGCUGUCCCUUGUGUCCCCAGCCAGCCAGCGCAGGCUGGAGCCCACCGUGCAGUCUCGCUCCCCAAGGCCACAGGGCUGCGAUGCCCCAGAGCAGAGCCACCGGGCCCGGCUCCACCAGCAGAUCAGCAAGGAGCUGCGCAUGCGUGCUGGCGCAGAGAACCUCUACAGAGCCACCAGCAACAAUCAGGUCAGAGAGACGGUGGCCCUGGAGCUGAGCUAUGUCAACUCCAACCUGCAACUGCUGAAGGAGGAGCUGGCGGGGCUGGGCAGCAGCACUGAUGUGGACCAGCCCGAGGGUGAAGGGGUCACUGUGCCCAUGAUCCCCCUGGGCCUGAAGGAGACCAAGGAACUGGACUGGGCCACACCCUUGAAGGAGCUGAUUUCCCAGCACUUUGGAGAGGAUGGCUCCUCCUAUGAGGCCGAGAUCAGGGAGCUGGAGGACCUGCGGCAGGCCACACGGAGCCCCCGCCCGGAUGAGGCGGGCCUGGAGCUGCUGGCUGCCUACUACAACCAGCUCUGCUUCCUAGACGCACGCUUCUUCAGCCCCACGAGGGGCCUGGGGCUGCUCUUCCACUGGUAUGAUUCCCUCACAGGGGUUCCGGCCCAGCAGCGGGCCCUGGCCUUUGAGAAAGGCAGCGUGCUGUUCAACAUCGGCGCCCUCCACACGCAGAUCGGGGCGCGCCAGGACCGCUCCUGCACAGAGGGCGCCAAGUCUGCCAUGGAGGCCUUCCAGAAGGCUGCUGGGGCCUUCCGACUCCUGAGGGAGAACUUCUCCCAUGCGCCCAGCCCAGACAUGAGCGCCCCCUCCCUCUCCACGCUGGAGCAGCUGAUGGCUGCCCAGGCCCAGGAGUGCGUCUUCCAGGGCCUCUCUUUGCCAGGCCCCACGGCUCCACGGGACGGCCGGGCCCAGCUGCGCCUGGCUCAGGAGGCUGCCCAGGUGGCUGCGGGGUACAGGCUGGUGUACGGGGCCAUGGCGCAGCCUCCCGUCCGAGACUACGUGCCUGCCUCCUGGACCACCCUGGUGUACGUCAAGGCUGAGCACUUCCAGGCCCUGGCCCACUACCACGCGGCCGCGGCCCUCGGCGGCAGCUCCCCAGCUGCAGGGGAGCUCCCUGAGUACGAGCAGGUCUUCCAGCCCCCAGCCCCCUGGGAGUCUCGAGACCCCAUGCUGCCCCAGCAUCCCGAGGAGCGCAGGAAGCUGGCCAAGGCCCACCUGAAGCGUGCCAUCCUGGGCCAGGAGGAGGCCCUGCGGCUGCACGCGCUGUGUCCCGUCCCUCGCAAGGUGGACCUGCUGCAGGCCGCCGUGGCCUGGGCCCUGAGGCGCUCGCUGGCCAGGUACUCGGAGCUGGAGCGUGAGGACGACUUCUUCGAGGCUGAGGAAGCCCCUGAAAUCCAACCUAAGACCCACCAGAAGCCUGAGGUGAGGAUGCCUAGUCUGCCCCAGAGGAAGGCAGCAGACAUCUUCCACCGUGUGGGGCCUUUGUCGGUGUUCUCAGUCAGGAACCGGUGGCGGCUGGCGGGGCCUGUCCACCUGGCCCGUGGGGAGCGCGGCUUCGGCUUCACACUCCGGGGAGACUCGCCCGUGCUCAUCGCUGCCGUCACUCCUGGCGGCCAGGCUGCGGCGGCCGGCCUGAAGCAGGGGGACUACAUCGUGUCUGUGAACGGACAGCCGUGCAAGUGGUGGAAACACUCGGAGGUGGUGGCACAGCUGCAGGGCGGGGGCGAGGCGGGGGUGAGCCUGCAGGUGGUGUCACUGCUGCCCAGCCCUGAAUCACGCAGUGGGGGGGAGCGCUGGCCAGCUCUUCUGAGGACCCAGAGAGAGGGUGGCCCCGAGACCUCAGUGGCUGCUCACACCGGCGCCGGUCCCCGGCCUCUCCUCGGCUGGAGCCGCAAGGCCAAGCUGGGCAAGACGGGCAGCCUUGGCCCGGCCCGCCCCUGCGAGGACCACCGCACCUGCCCCUGAGCUGGGUCCCGGCAUACCGGUCCAGGCCGGCCCAGCGACCCCCUGACUCCCUCCUUCUGUCUGUCCCUCGUGCUGGGAAGGUCAGGUAGUGUCCGCCCCGCCCGCUAAAGACGCUCAGAGGAGGAGCUCUGGGCACACCAGAGCUCACCGAGCACACAGGAGCUCACCGGAACUCACCAUGCCCCUGAGGAGGGUGGCAGUGACCCCAGGCUCCCUGGCUCUCCUUGACACUGUUCCACGUAGGCUGAUGCUGCCCCUGUGGCAGACCCUGCUGACCCCAGGCCCACCUCCCUGGGCCCCCACCCUGCUGCCAUCUUGGCUGUGGCCUGGAGGUCCAGCCCCUCUAGGCAGUGGCUCUCAGCUCUCAGCCCUUUAUGGGCCAGGUUUUGCCUGGUGCAGUUCUGCUGGGUGUCCCUCUACCCCCCAGGCCCAGCCUUUCCCCUGCUCCUUGAUCCCGGCUCUCAACGCCCUGCAGUCCACCCCAGAGGCUGCCGGCUUCCCGCAGCCCCCCUGCCCUUCCCGCCAGGGGCUGCAGCCCUGCUGAGAGCACGGACCGCUCCUGGAGGCAGGAUUGCUGCCUCGGGCCCCGGUGCCGGGCCUGGCCGCCCAAGGAGACAGAGGCUGCUCCCUGCGGCGAUGAAGAGCUGGAAA